AUUUCUUACUCUUUCGCUAAGUAUUUUUUUCUUUUUUUCACUCCUCGUUCAUCUGCUUAUUCUAUGCUUCCCUUCUCCCCCACCCCCAUCUUUCUUUCUCUCUCUCUCUCUCUUUUCAUCGCUAACACACUUUGAUGCAAGGAAGUUCUAUGUAUGCAAAGAGGCCGAGAAAGAGCAGCAGAGCCGAUGGGAGAGUCGCACUAUUUCUCUCGUGCACACUUCCUUCACCUUCAUUUCUCGUGCUGAUCUCCGGUCUCUCGUGCUUUCUCCACAUCUCUCGCUCUGCCCGAUCUUCUAGAGUGACGAUGGUGAAGCUGACAAUUAUUGCCGUAUUACUGUUUGUUGUGUGCAAUGAAUCCCUACCUACUCAACCUACUACUCCAACGAUAACCACCAGAAACGCUACUGAGCCUACUACCUGUCUGGCAUGUUCUACACCUGUGACAGUCCCGUCACCAUCACCCACUGCUCCUCCUCCCCCGGUCCUGGCAUUCAUCACCGUGAGUGCCAAGGCGAGCUCGUGCCACGGGGCCCUCCACGUCGUAUUUAACCUCUCAGAUGUGGCCCCACUCUGCUACCAAAGUUACGAAAAGCUCACAUCCUUAAGGAACGUGUUCUGCGCCAAUCUGGGGUGUGACAGAUUCGAGGGAUGGAAACAGUCACAAAACUCUAGAGGUUACGAGAUUGUGGAAAAUGGAAUUAGGCCGCGUAACAACUGCAUGACGCUGGAGCUUGUGUGUAAAGCUCCCCCCAAGAGUAAAGAACUAAUAGGCUACAAGACUGUGACGGGGCUGCUGAUCACGGCCAUCCUAGUCCUGCUUUUCCACAGGUUCGGACACAAGAGGUGCACCACCCUUCACAACAAAUUGUUUAAACGGAGGAAUCGGGAGUGGAUUGGACCCACGCAGAGUCAGAGUGUGUCGUUUCACAGAGCGCAGGCCGGAAAGCCUCCCAGCAGCAGCUCAGCGAGAUACUCGUACCCUGCACUGGAGAGAUUGUCUGUACAACCCAGCAGAGAGCCUUCCUCAAACCGAAACAGUGACUGUGAUUCAUAUAACUAAGUCAUCAACAUGACCUUUUAUAUCAACAUCGCCAUCAUGAAACACCAGUUUUUUCUUCUAAGUGUCUAGUAACAAAAACGUUUCAUCAAAAAAUAAGGGUCCCGGAGCCAAAACAAAUGUUUUCCAGAUAAACGUCUGGGUUUCGUUCAGGUUGGCGAGCAUCCCGAAUGGCCACCAACUGUGUUGACAUUAAUGUGGCAUGAACUUGUCAGUCUGAGGUGAGACGAUUCGUGUAUUAUAUAUGUCAAUACAAAUUAGGUCCUGCUCUUUAUGUUAAUGGGACUGCACCUUAAUUUUUUACUUCUGGUACAAUACUAGAAAGAGUUGGCACGUUCCCCAUCACAGUUUUUCAAAAAUCCGAGGUCUGAAUUUCAUUCUGAUAUUAAAAGAAUGUUUUACUUGUUGUAGACAUUUAAUAAUAUUUCUCAUUUAAGCUUAUUUUAGUAAAUACUGUAAAAAAAAUAUAUGCACGCAUUUUUGUGUUUGUGAUGUUAUAUUUUAUACAGCUUUUUGACUUGUGCAUUCUUUCAAAACCCGGCUUUCUUAACGCAUGACAUUAAUAUACGUGUUAUUUUAUUGGUUGAUGUAGGUAAGCGCAGGUUUUAAAGGCGCCUUAUGUCAUUUUUGUUUUAAACCAAAACUACAAAACAUUGAGUGCGUUUUCAACAAAAUGCAAGCAUGAGGAAAAGAAAAGAUUUGGGAAGGUAGAGGAAGCAGAAAAUAAGAACGUUGAUCUAUUUUUGUAACAGAAAUUGGGUUUCCUGUGUCUUUAUUCAUUUCCUGUUUCUGUGUUAUUUUUGUCAGUUCAUGUACGCCAGGAUCUCCUGUAUUCUUGCAGUUCAUUCAUGCAUCCCAGUGCCUCUCUGUGUUAUCCCCCCCCCCCCCCCCCAUUUUAAUUUUAAGUUGACAUUUCUCUCCAGUCAUUUAACACGCGCAAGAUUCUAGACGUACCUGUAAAACUAAGUGGAAAACCUGACGGCCCCAAUAAUGUUUCAAAUGAUAAAACUGUGUAUAUUUUUAACUGUAUAUAUUUCUUACACUGUAUUAAAGACUGUCCAUGCCUAUUUGCAUUAAACGGUUGGUUAUU